UGCACAGAGGUUCUUCAUUUCAUUCCUAAAUGACCAUCGUUAACUGUAGGAAUGCUGAAGGAACUAGAAAGCAAUGUAUGGAAUCUGUACGUUCAAAAAGUUCAUGUAAUUUAGUCUAGCUCGCUAGCAUCUAGUGUAACCUUUGCAAACUUUAGUACUGUAGCUUUAGUUACAAUUAUUUUUUUAUUCGCUACAUGUUUUACUUGCCUAAUCUUAGAGAAUAUUAAAAAUAACUUGAAUUUAGAAAGUGAUACCGACGAAGAAAGAUCGUUAGACAUUUACCCGGCAAACUGCAAAAGCAUGGAUCUAGGAGAAGUCAAACUUUUAAGGACUGGUUUAAAUAGUCUGCAAGCCAUUCACCCUGUGCAUGGGAUAGCUUGGACUGAUGGGAAACAGGUUUGCCUCACGUCUUUCUGUUACAUCAGCGGUGAAGUCAAAUUUGGGGACACAAAUGUCAUUGGACAAUUUGAAGAUGUCUUCGGGCUUUUUUGGGGACGUAUGUGCUGCCAUGGUUCUCUGGCAUUGCUUGCUGUCCAGCACAAGAAGCAGGUUACAGUGUUGCAGCUCCAGCAGAGUGCCCUGGAGCAGAAUAAACUGUUAUGUGCACAGACAUGUGAAUUGAAUGAGCCUUUCCCCCUGCUGUCUCAGGGCUGCGUCUGGCAUCCCAGAUUAGACAUCUUGGCCAUUUUAACCAAGCGGGAUGUCUCUGUGCUGUUCUCUGUGUGUGUGGAUAACCGGCAUGUGAAGGCAGACAUCCAGGGCAGCGGGCUUGUCCGCUGUGCAUGCUGGACUAAAGAUGGAAUGAGACUUGUGGUUGCCAUUGGAAGCGCUCUUCAUUCCUACACCUGGAACGACAUCCAGAAGAGCUUGGUGGCCUGUUCCUUUUGCCCCAUUUUUGAUGUUGGUGACAACAUCUGCAGCAUUGAGUCUAUAGAUGACGCUCAAAUAGUUGUCACCACAGAGCUGCCGUUGGAUAAAAUAUGUGGGCUGAAUGCUGGUAUCGCCUUUGACAUGCCAGCUAUGUCCGAGCCAGCCUCCUCUCAGCACUUGCCAGUUAUGACGUUGGGUGGAGAUGCUGACUUGGAGUCCCAGAGAAGGUCAUUCGAUUCUGAACAGUUGCAGCCUCAAGGGUUCCUUUCAUCCUCUGGCCCCAUUGACCUUACUGAGAUUCUGGCUAAACACAAAAAAUCAGACCCCAGCCCUCUCAUUCACCUGCACCGGCGAGACAACAUGACAGGAUCAGGUCAAGACUCGUCCCAUUUGAUUCUGGUCAGAUAUGAGCACAAGGUCACCUCCACCAGGAAAGUGAGCAUCCCAGGCAUCCUGGUGCCUGACAUCCUGGCCUUUGAUCCCAAGGGGAAUACUGUAGUGGUGGCUUCUAACUCCUGCAGCACGAUUCUCAUUUACUCCAUCACAGAGUUGUCUGUGUCCAAUAUUCAGCAAAUUCAUCUUCAGAAGAAUGAGAAGCCGAAAGGGUUGUGCUUCAUCAGCAGCAAUAUGAUACUGCUCGCACUGGGUCAGCAGAGGUCAAAUGACCCUGUCUUUCUUCCAUCCUCAAACACAGACCAAUACAACCUCAGGCUGGUGGCUAGGGAGCUGGUGUUCAGUGAGGACAAUGCCUCUUCAGUGUCUGACUCUCCCAGUAAUUUGCAUGGUCUCUGGAGACAUUCUGAGAACUACUCCAAACCUCUUGCAUUGAAGGACCUUGUUCUUCCUGAGGGCUCCAUAAAUGUUCCCCCAAGCAGCAGAAGGAAACUGAUUGAGGAGAUGCAAAGUCCUGAAGUCAGCCUGGUGCCCAGCUCGGAUAGAGCCGCAUCCAGCACCUCCUCCAUCACCGUGGAGACCUACGAUAUGGAUCAUGUGACCCGCAUGGCCACACUAGUAGCUGGCCAGAUCAGCCGGGAAUCAAGUCAACCGUGUUCUCCUCGAUAUGAGGUUUCAGAAAAGUUGCUUUCUGAUCCCUCUCCCCAUAAGAACAGCAACCUUAUGAAACAGAAGGACCUGGAGGAGCUCAAACACAACAUAGAGAGGAUAUUAGUCCAAUUCUCUGAGGUGCAGCAGUGCCUCUCAGAAAUCAGAGACUUUGACUGGAAUGGGAAAAAGUCCAUGGGCUGUUACCCAUUUGCCUGUGAACCUCAGUAUGUUCAUGUUACAUGUCAGAAACUGCUUUCAGAGAACGUGCACACAGACGAGAAGAGAGUGGUUCUGCUUUGUGAGGGAAGGCUGCGUCUUCGAGCACUUCAGGAGAUCUUCAACCUGCCCAUGGUGGAGAUGAAGCAUGGUUCAGUGUGGAUCGUCCUGGUGGCUGAUGCAGAUGGAUUUGUACCACUCACUUUCAAACACAAGGAGGCACUCAUGGUACGGAAUGCAAAGAGAAAGUGUCCCUGCAAGCCUGUGGGCAGCACCGAUGACCUAUCCCCAGAACUCUCCAAAUCUUGUAGUAUGGCACAAUGAUCUUGUGUGUGGUAGCCUUUGCAUCCCAGGCACUCCGUAGUCCAAAGGAUCUUAACAAUAGCGGACAGCAGACAUUUCUAUCUUCGUAACUGCUGUUUGCUGAGAACUGUGGGCUUUUGUGUAGUCCUGCACAAAUUCCUCUUUAUACAAGUCCUAUUUUAUUUUUGUAUUUCUCAGAGAUCAUUUCUCAAGUGCUUCAAAGAUUUUCUACUGUUAGCUUAAACCCGUCAUACAGCUCAAAGAUUACAAGAUUGUUUUAAAUGUACAAAAUUUGUGUCCCAAUAGUUUUGGAUAAGGUUAUAGUUCCUGUUAUAACUAUAUAAGAGUAGUGUAGAAUCAAAGCCCUGUGUUUUGUAUUACAUAUAUAUUACAAGGUUUAUUAGUCAGGCUAUUUAUUAUUCUUAUAUGAGUUUGUUAUUCUAUUAUCGGUGUAUUGUGAAGCCUUCAUCUUAACAAGGUAAUAAUACAUUGCACUAUUUUCUCCCAUA